CUGCUAGACCCGGAGUGGCCGCAGAGGCCAGAGACCGCCCGGGGCGGUGCUAGCGCUUUGUUCUCGCUCCGGCGGCCGGGCUGGAGGAGCGAGCAGCCUGAGUCGAGCCCGGGGUAUGGCCCAUGCGGCCGCCCCGCGCACCUCGGCCCCGCCGUGUGCCUAAUUCUGGCAAGGCGGGAGAAGACAGAGCGCGGACAGCCCCCAAGUUACGGAGGUGGGGACCGAGUUCGAAGGAAAAGCCACUUCAGGAGCCAGGUCGCAGCAGUGCGAUUGCCUCCAUCCGCAGGACCUCCGGACCCAGCAGACAGGAAGGAGAAGAAGGUUGCAGCGAUGCCCGACUCCCCCGCUGAGGUGAAGACACAGCCCCGGUCCACGCCCCCCAGCAUGCCGCCCCCUCCGUCCUCUGUGACCCAGGGCACCACACGGCACCCCUCCUUCACUCCCCACACAAAUCGAGAGGAUGGGCCUGCGAUGUCUCUGCCCCACGGCCGUUUUCAUGGCUGCUUAAAAUGGUCUAUGGUCUGUCUUUUAAUGAACGGCACCAGCCACUCGCCGACAGCCAUCAGCAGCACCCCAUCCACACCCAACGGCUUCAGCAAUGGCCCGGCCACCUCGUCCACGGCCUCACUGUCCACACAACACCUGCCUCCAGCGUGUGGGGCGCGGCAGCUCAGCAAACUCAAGCGCUUCCUCACCACCCUGCAGCAGUUUGGCAGCGACAUCUCCCCAGAGAUAGGGGAGCGUGUGCGCACACUUGUGCUGGGGCUUGUGAACUCUACACUGACCAUUGAGGAGUUUCAUUCCAAGCUCCAGGAGGCCACCAACUUUCCACUGCGUCCAUUCGUCAUCCCUUUCCUGAAGGCAAAUCUGCCCCUGCUACAGCGAGAACUCCUGCACUGUGCCCGCCUGGCCAAGCAGACCCCUGCCCAGUAUCUGGCCCAGCACGAGCAACUCCUGCUGGAUGCCAAUGCCUCUUCCCCCAUUGAUUCCUCGGAGCUCCUGCUCGAAGUCAAUGAGAAUGGCAAGAGGAGGACACCUGACAGGACCAAAGAGAAUGGGUCAGACCGCGACCCGAUGCACCCUGACCCCCUCAGCAAACGGCCGUGCACCCUGAGCCCCGCCCAGCGCUACAGCCCCAGCAAUGGGCUGCCCCACCCCACGCCGCCACACUACCGCCUCGAGGACAUGGCCUUGGCCCACCACUCCCGAGACCCCUACCGCCACCCUGACCCCCGGGAGCUUCGGGAACGCCAUCGGCAACUCAUGGUCCACGGGUCACGGCCAGAGGAAGUGAUCGACCACAGGCUCACAGAGCGUGAAUGGGCUGAGGAGUGGAAGCAUCUCAACAAUCUCCUAAACUGCAUCAUGGACAUGGCCGAGAAGACACGGCGGUCACUCACGGUGCUGCGCCGGUGCCAGGAGGCUGACCGCGAGGAGCUCAACCACUGGGUCCGACGCUACAGCGAUACCGAGGACAACAAGAAGGGCCCCACGACCACCACCGCCCGGCCUCUCGGCAGCUCGGCAACAGCGGAGGGGUCUCAGCUAGACGUACGCCGGGAGUUCAUGCCCAGGACCCUCUCCAGUUACAUGCCUGAGGAGAUCUGGAGGAAGGCUGAGGAGGCAGUGAAUGAGGUGAAGCGGCAAGCGAUGUCUGAGCUGCAGAAAGCUGUGUCAGACGCCGAGCGGAAGGCUCACGAGCUUAUCAGCACGGAACGCGCCAAGAUGGAGCGGGCCCUGGCAGAGGCCAGGCGGCAGGCCUCGGAGGAUGCCCUCACUGUUGUCAAUCAGCAGGAGGACUCCAGUGAGAGCUGCUGGAACUGUGGACGCAAGGCCAGUGAGACCUGCAGUGGCUGCAAUGCAGCACGCUACUGCGGCUCCUUCUGCCAGCACAAGGACUGGGAGAAGCACCACCACGUAUGCGGCCAGAGCCUGCAGGGCCCCUCAGCGGUGGUGGCUGACCCGGUGCCAGGACAGGCAGAUGCCACCAUCAGCCUGGGCUCCUGCCUUCCCACGGGUGCUGCCAGCCCCAGCGAAGCUGGCUCCACGGGGCCAUCUCGCCCGGGCUCCCCCGGCCCACUGGACGCCGCACCCCGCUGACUCCUCCCAGACCUGCUGCUCGGCCCACAGACAUGUGCCCACCAACCCUGCCUGGCCCUGGUUGCCGGAUGCUUCGCCGGGUCCUGGGAGCCCGACCAUUGGAGUCACUGCUGCUACUGCUUCUCUCCAAAAGAAAACACAGAACCAACAAAAAUUGCAUUCAAUGCAACUUCCUCAGCUACCUGAUGAUCUCACGCAACAACCUCUUCCAGCACCCUCGGAACCUCCCACUGAGCUUUAGACAGCGGAGCAGAGUGGACACCAGCUGGAGCACCACCGGCUUGUCCACUGCCCUUCCUCCCCUCUUUCUCUCCUCCCCCCUCUCUCUUAUUCUUAUCUUUACGACUUUCACACACUCUCUCUUUAAUGAAAAAAAAAAACUAAUUAUUUGGGGGCUUAUAUUUUCAGUGAAAAAUUUUGGGGGAUUUAUGGCAAAAGAGCUACUCAGAAAUGAACAAAGGAAACUUUGGGGGUUUUCCCCUUCCUGAUUAAAAAGGAAAAAAGAAAACUGUUGUUUUAUAGCCAGAGAUCGGAGCCUCUGCGUCACCGAAACUACCCCAGGGGUAUGUGGCCGAUUCGGUGAACACAGUGAAAAAGACUUCAUUUUCUGACCCAAGCAUUUUUGGUUUCAGGUUUUUUUUUUUUUUCCUUUAAUAUCAAACUCUUUGGCUUUAAGUAGAAAUCCAAAAAAAUUUUUUAAAAAGUAAAGGAAGCAUACUGUAAACUACCUUGCCAGCUAGCCAGCCAAGGAUGCCGCACACACCUCUGCUCCAAAGGAAACCCAAAAAGCAAACAGGAGAAGUCAAAGCCCAAAAUUUGUUUCUCAACUGCCAAAGGAUUUUUUCACUGUUUUACUCCACUCUUGGAUUUGUUCAGAUGUUGGUCUUUUCUUUCAAUUCUGUUUUUAGAGUUUGGGAUAUUGAGGUUUGGAGGGUUUGCCCAACAAGAAGCAACUUUUGUUUCUUUUCAACUAGACAGCAGCACCUUUCUGGGCUCAGGGUGGUGGGCCUUGCGGCCCUCAGCGCCCCACCCACUUCGCCCAGUCGGGCGAAUGGGCGGGGAAGAUGCCUCUGUCUGUCCUCACGCCCUCUGUGAAUUUCCAUCCCAUUUCAUUUCUUCCACUUGUGAAAAAAAGUGCUAACGUGUCCUUCCCAGAGAAAGCAUAAUUCAGAAACAAAACUGGGACAAUCUUUCGGGUUGAUUCUUGAGUGCUUUUCAAAGUACAAGGAGGCAAUGACUGCACCUGUAACAACUGCUUCUCAAUGCUUUCUCCUCUACCUCUUCUCCCUCCUCCAUGCUGCCCACCCACCUCAUCUCUGCCCCCAACGCCACCCACCCCCAAUGUCCCCUGAACCUACUCUUCUUUCUUCACACUUUUGCAGAAAAAGAAAAAAACUACAAACAACAAUCCGCCCUCUCCACACCUUCUGAAGACUUAGUCAGCUGUGUAUAACCUCACUCUCUGUCCAGCUGAUCCUCAGGGGGAAUGUCCCCUCACUCGAUCCCUGUCCCCCUACCCAACACAAGUCCCCCAGCAAUCUCAAGGAGGAAAUAAAGGAGUAAGGAAAUUCUCAUGUGUCCUCAAUGGGAGGACAGGCAGCAGCAUGGUCCUCAAUCUGGUGUUUCCUUGCAUUGCUGCGAGAAGUUCCCAGGACUGGAGUGCAAUAUGGAGAGUGACCAGCUACUGAAACCGGGGCUCCUGCGGGGCCCCACCAAGAGGCAAGAAGUUGAUAGUGUACGUUAAUGUGAAUGUAUAUAGUCCUUGCAGAGGUCCAAAUAAUGAUACUCAUGAUGAUAAUAAAGAAGAGAUGUUUGCCAAAUAAAAAAAAUUUCAGAGAAACUGCAGAAGUAUGUAAAGUGUAGGAAACCGACUCUCAGAGAAACCUGAACUGCAGUCCCACGGGGAGCAAUGGGUUUGUGUGGUUCCCGCCAUUGUUUACAGAGUUGUAGGAAUUCACUCUGUGAGUCUGGAAAAGAAAGAUCCUAUCUGGCUCCACUGACCAGGUGCCAUCCCACACCACACCUGACAGUGAAAACCCAACUCUGAAAUAGACCUAACUCUGAGAUAGAUCUAUCUUAUCCUCCAGAAAGUUCCCUGUCCCAGCCACCAUCUCUGUUGCCUGGAGCAUGGGCCCAUCAGCCUCUCAGAGGUUUGCUUUUGUGGAUUUCAGAAAAGCAAGGAUCAGUUUGGGGUUUGUGUUCUCAAGACUGUGGAGGCCUGCCUGUCGUGUUCCCAGCCUGCUGUCUUUCUCUCGUGUAAGUGUUGAACCCAUUAAAACCGUGGCGGCUUUGGGUGUGCAGUGAAAUGGGUUUGCCUCCUUGGAGGUGGGCGCUUUGGACUCUGUUCCCACAAGGUUGUGCCAGUAAACUGGAUGUCUAGAGAGUGUGUGCCCUGGUUAUGCUGGGGGCCUUGGGGGAGGAGGGCUAAGACUCCUAAUCACUCACAUCCCUGCUGUGUGGAGUCAGGGGUGAGGCUACUGGUCUAAGGCAAGUCAUGGAGGAGCCCCUCACCUGGGCAGGCCUCUGUUUCCCUCCCCCUUGCAUGGUCCCCCUUUGGGGACAAGCAGGUAUGCCAAGGACACUAGCAUGUUCACCAGCUGGCAAUGUCCAGGGCCAGACCAACCUCCAGGGCAGGACUAUGGGCUGAGGCCCUGAGGCGGGGCAGCCCCUCCCACCCCAGCUAUUGGGAAGAGGGUGCCCUCAAGCCAGCAUGAAAGACUACCUGGUAUGGUUCUCACAUCCAGAACCCAUAUACCCAGAAGCACCCCCUUGUGGGGCUGCAGAAGCCUAGCAUGAGGGGCUGACCACAGGCCCACAGACAGAGCCCCUGCCAGCUGACAGCAUCCUCAGGAACAGGAUGGCAGCAAAGUGGGGUGGGGCUGGCAGGAAAGAAGCCAGGCCCGGAGUGGACAGCAGGAGGAUGACCUGAUGAAGGCAGCUUCUCCAGUCCCGGGGACGUCUGAGGGAGGCACUGGAGCUCCCUGUCCAUGUUAAGGGAGCUGGUGUUUGUUGGUCACGGUGCUCGGGCCCCAUUUGGCCAAAGACCUCUUAACCAAACAUGGAAUUAGUAGCUCUGAGGGGAGGACUAGUGACGCUGAUGAUGAGUGUCCACACAGCACCUGUGCCUGCAACCGGAGUACCUGCCUUUCUUCUACAAAGAAGGGAUGUAGCCUCCUGCUCUGUCAGAGGCCAGGCCAUCUGGACCUGGUACCUCCCAAGUUUAUAGACCACUGACCAGGGGUGCGGUGUGCAAGGGCCUCCUGCCCAAAAGUAACCACCAAGAGCCAACGUGCAAGCAACCCAAAAGCUCUGUGAGAUGCGGCUGCUGGAAGCCACCUUCCCCACAAAUCAAACCAAAAUGGCAGCUUUACCUCUCCUGUUCUGGGGCCAAAACUAUGACAGGAAGGCAGCAGCCAGAGCCCUCAGCCCACAGGUGGGGGACAGCACCCUGGUGUGUGACCCUUAACCUUUCCCAUCCCCUCCUCUCACCAUCUCUUUAUUUUCUGUCCCGCCCUAGAUGCAGGCUGGUCUUUCUCUUAGGGUGUGUCACCAUCCCAGGGUGCUGUCUGGGGGGUAUUUCGUUUGCGGAGACCAGUGCCUCCCGUUCCAGGCAUGGACAGGCUGGCGUACCCCAGACCUCAUCAGGAUGGAGAGGGCUCCUGUUCCCAUGGUCCACCAAGACAUGGGAAGGCUUGGGUGUCACCAGGGGCAGAGAGGAAAGCUGGGGAAAAUCUGAGGGGUCCUGGAGGGUCUGGGCUCUAGGACAAGAGAAGCCUGCCUCCCACGAGGGGGCCGCCCUGUGGGCUCAGCAAAUGGGGUUACUCAUUGGGUUCAACAGCAGAGGGAGAUGGACAGGAAAGGGGCGGGGCAGUGCUGGUUUCGGUUUCAGCCCAACGACAUGGUGGAGAGAGAUCAGCUCAGGCCCUAACGUUCGCCUGUUUGCCAAUUUUUUCCAAAUAUAUUCUCAAAAUGACACCAAAGCCUUGUCUCUGUCAUCCACGCAUCUUGCCUAUCCCAGCUCACUCCAGCAACAAGUCCAGCCAUCAUGCUGCCCACUCCCUCAGGCCAUGUACAAUGAUUUAUUGAUUCUUUUCUUUCCUCAGUUCAUCCUUCUGACCAAUCCAGUCACCUUUAUGGCCACCCAUUAACCCACCCACCCAUCCACCCACUUACUCACCCUUCCACUCUUCUGACCUCCCAUCUGCCACCUGACCACUCCUUCCCCAUUUAUCCACCCAUCUACUCAUCCAUCCAUCAUUCUAUCCAUCCAUUACUCUAUCCCAGCUGUCACUUGAUCCCUCCUCCUCCAUUCAUCCUUUGACUUAACCCCCUGCCUUUCCACCAUUCACCCUUAUACACACCAUGUGUGGGUCUGUUCAUCCAUCCUCUAAUCCAACCCACACAACCAUGCCUUGGUCCAUCCACCCACCCACCUCUGCAUGCACUGAACCCAGCAGCACCACGAACCCCCUCUGUAUUCCAAAGUUUCCAGGGUGCUUUGGACCCUCCCAUGACCUUGGCUGCCCUAAAGGAACCCGCCUGUGGGCACAGCCUCCCCCUCCGAGUGCCCCAAUUGUUCCAGUCCUGCUCCAGAAAUGGGCAAGCUUCUGUUGCAAGCAUUAUGGGCAGACUGGACCGAACUCCUAGCAAUAGCUCUGGCUAGUCAGCACCUGUCAUGAGCCAGGAGUGUGGGUUGAGAGGUAGCCCAUACACCUACCUGCUCAGGAACCCUGUGGCCAGAGCCACCAGUCAGGGUGACCACAUUCCCUGACAAAACCCCAACAUUGUGGGGUGGGGCUGCCUGUCCUCUCCUUGCCUCCAGGGGUCACUGCACCCAAGGAAGUGUCCCCAGGAAAGGAUGGGAAAGGAAAGAAAAAAACCCAAUGCUGGCCUCCCCCCAGACACCAGCUCCUGGAGGCCCUCUUCUUCCUGGUGCUCACGGUCACACUGCCCCACUCCUUCUCCCAUCUUCCGUCCUGGGGUCCUGGGCAGAUGGGAAUUCACUCUUCAGAGCUCGGGAUGAUGCAGAUGAUUCACUCUUCAGCCCUGCUGAAUUUGGCGGGUGGUGAUAGGUAUUCCUGGGAACCAAGAGGCCCAGUAGGGGCCCCCUGCCCAGCUCUCCCCAGCAGCCUGUUUCCACAGGCCCUCAGGCUGCCACACAGGGCAUUUUCCAAAAAAGGGGGGGGGUGCCAGGACCAAGGUCCUGGAUCACACCUUCGCUGGCAGGAGGGGAAGGAGAAAAGGAAAACAGGGGGGGUGCAUGUCCACCCCCUGGACACCUCACAGAUAAGGCCUGAGGGAGCUGGGUGUCUGUGACAGCGCCUGUCCUGGUACCCCAAAGUUCCAGAACACACCAUCUUGCAUGCUUCCAUUCCUCCUGUUUCAAUUCAGCUGGCCUUUGAGCGCCACCACAAAUGCCCCUUGUAGCAGGAAUACAGUGCUAGGACUCCUGGUGGAGCCUGGUUUUUAAGUAUUAGAAUGAAGGCAUCGGGUGCCCUCGCUCCCAGCCUGGACGCGGGGCUCAGCCAGGCCAGCCGUCAGCUCGCCCACUGUGUCCUUCACGGGCCACGGGGUUCGGGCCAUGGGAACAGGGCCAGGGCACAGCCUCACACAACCUGUUGGGGAACACAUUGGUUUUCCACUUCCUCUUUCCUCUUCCUCUUCUUGUUUUUUUUUUUUUUUUUUUUUAAUAACCCAAAAGGAAUUGGACAGUGAGUGUUGGGCCGUUUUCCUGUGACAGGUUUCCCUCGCGCUGUGCAGGACCUGUGGCAUGCCAUCCCUACUGCGUGUCCUCUGAUGUACUCUGUUUGACCCAGACGCUGUACGAUGUUACAGUUCAGGUCACGUCACUUACCUCUGUGUUGUGAAA